CGUGUAAACUAAUUUCCCACCCACUCCCUUAGCUUUAUUCCCCACACAAACACACCCUCUCCCAUUUCAAAUCUCCAUACACACUCUGCAUGACCCCUUCAUGGCUCACCACACUCCUUCUCAUCCAUCUAAAGACAUCACCAACAUGGAGGAGCAGCAACAACAAGAGUCUUUGACCAACCUUAGCCAUGAUGACAGAGAUAACAAGGAUGUUACACAAAACCCAUGUGCUUCAAAACCCCUUGAGGCAUUGCAAGAAGAAACGAGUGUGGCAGAGGAUAGUGGACGAGAGAGGCUGAAACGGCAUAGAGUUGAAGUGGCUGGAAGAGUAUGGAUUCCUGAUAUAUGGGGUCAGGAGGAUCUCUUGAAGGAUUGGAUAGAUUGCGCUGCAUUUGAUGCUCCUUUAGUUCCAAGCAGAAUCUCCACUGCUAGAGAGGCUUUGGUUCAAGAGUGUACAAGACCCAAUGCCAUUGCUGCUCGACUAAGAAUAGAUAACAGGGACCUGGAUUUCAAUGUACAUAUGGAUUUAUCCCUUAAUAACAACUGCACAAAUGUAGAGGUUCAAAACACCCGCACGUUUUCAGACACCGAGAAGAGCACCUAAACAAAAGGAUCUGAUGCAAGUCCAAAAAUAUACGGAGAAACUGAGAAGGAUGAUUAUUAUAUUAUGAAAAUUUGGAAGUAGCUGCUCCAGCUCGCCAGUAACCUCAAACAGUAAAGCAAAUAUGCAAGAACAUCAUGCUAAUCUCUCCAAAAUAAAACUUAGUUCAAAUAAAAAACUUGAUGCAGAUAAAUAAAAUUGCAAAUAUAGUUAAUAUUAUAACUGUUUGACUGAGCGUUCUCCGCACUUCAGUUGUAAAUAAAGAA